AUGGUGCCUGAAAUUGGCAUGAAGUUUCAGGAUGAGCCAUUUGACUGGAUUAAGAAAACUUUCUUCGAGAAACCCCAACCAGAGGUUGCCAAGGAUCCAUCAGGGAAGGACAUCAAUGCACUUGAGCAGCACAUCAAGAACCUCCUAAGCCCUUCCACCCCAUUUUUCUUCAAUACUCUGUACGACCCUUACCGUGUUGGCGCCGAUUUUGUUCGUGGGUACCCCUACAGCCUUCGUGAGGGUGUCCCAACUGUUGUUUCUCACGGGCUUUGGCUCAACAUUCCAGACUACGAUGCCCCUACCCAGCUUCUUAAGCCCCUUGAGAGAAACACCAGGUAUGUGGAUGCUAUUCUUACGAUCCCAAAGGGCACCCUCUUUCCUAUGUGUGGAAUGAACCUUGCAUUUGACCGUGAGCUCAUUGGUCCUGCAAUGUACUUUGGUCUUUGGGUGAUGGCCAGCCUAUUGGACUUGUUUUGCAGCCAUUUGACUGGAUUAAGAAAACUUUCUUCGAGAAACCCCAACCAGAGGCAUAAAAGGCUUGCAAGUCUGCAACUUUGGUACAUCACUUUUGUCUGGGAUGGUUCCUGACUGAAGAGAACUUGGAUAACUCAGCAAAUAAUACGAGACCCCCUCGUGUUUCCUUGUUUGUUUUUUUAUUAUUCAGAUGUAGGCAAUCCCCACGAGGGAGAUAGGGAACAGAGAAACUGCUUGGUUCACCUGUGUUAUAUAAUACUCCUGUAUUAUCCAACAUGCAUGUUUUAAAAC